AUGGGGGUGGACCUCGCAAAGCAUGCUGAGGUGGUGCUUGGAGCUGAGCUUGUCAAUCGUGGACGAUGUCGUUUGGCCACUAGUGACGGCGUACGAGUCUGUAGCCUUGGUCUUCAUGCUCUUCUUCUUCUUUGUCUUCUGCAGAAGCACUGUGUGAGCAUUAUGUCCAUACGCAUGCGCGUAAUUUUCAAUCUUGAAGCAGAGAAGGGCAGGCGAAUUUCAAAGUCGAAGAUGUGGAUAUUCAGCUAUAGGUAG